UAAUAGAAAUUCACUGCAAACAAAUCAAUCUAUCACGUAGCAAGGGGCCCCGGAUAUCCAUUGCUUACCAUGCAUGAGCCAUGCCAACGGUUGUUCCGGAUUCAUUCGAGUUGUGAGACUUUGUUGUGAGACCAAGUGUUGUUGCACCGCUUGCUCAUGGUACCUAGGAGGUGCUCCGGCAAUCCCCGCGGCGUUAUCUCUAAACAACUCCCACGAGCGACGGAUCGCCUGUCACAGUACUGUCACGGGCAGUCACAGGUCUAGCCAGCCCAAAACCAACGCUUCGAACGCUCUCACUAUUGUUGUUUUUGAAUGAUAGUGGCAACCUCCCUAAGUACCUUUGUCGAGGAAUUCUGUUAACAACGGAGAUCAAGGAGAGUCCAGCUCCGCUCUAUUGCCACUGUAAUCUGACGUUGGAGGUGGCAGUGCCGCCGCAAUUUGGGUAGCUGAAUUGGUCGACUGAUCGUGUCAGGCUGAGCGAGCUGAUUGGAUCCCCAUGAGAAACCAAGAGGUUAAAGCCAGCAUUCGACGAAAAGACGGGUUGCUCUUGUCCUCGGCAACGACAACUUGACCUCAUUGGUUAUUAUAGCUCGAUAAGAGCUAGAACUUCCCAUCGGACGCGGCGAAAUUCGGUUGCAAUCUUAUUCUGCAACCGAGACUAGCCUCCUUGUUUUCAGAAUAUCAUUAUCAUCAUCCUUCAUUAUUAAAGUCGAACCGGCAGUUGUUGCACCCCAGUUCGGCGUUUAGCCGACUAGGAUUUGGCAAUCACCAUGCUGGAAAACAUAAUAUGUGGGUCCUUGGUGUAUGCUGGAUCCUGUGAUUUGAAACGUCGACAACCGAUGCUCUACCGAACUGGUUCUGUGAAGAAUCCAUUCAUUGCGUACGAUGACGGGUACCAUUGGCCGGAUCUGUACACGGAAUGUGAUGAAAUGGUAGAAACCUGUGUGUUGGUGUACCUUUUGGCGGAGCUGAGAAGUCUGGUACGCCAAGGAGAAGCUACGAGCAAGACCGAAAAGGUUAUGCAGAUGCCGCUCGAGGCCAAAGAUCUUAUGAGGGUAAUCAACUCGAGUCGGGCACUCCUCACAACCAGCUAUUCCGGAUGUGGAGAGCUAGCAGCAAACAGUACCAAGUUUUGCCUGGACUUGUUGCGAACUGCAGAUGAACGAUUCAUGCGGGUCAAAAAGAGAAGGAAGAAGGAACGAAAACUGAGGUUGAAGCAAUCCUCCUCUUCCAUACCCGCAGACGACGACGAGUACGGGUCGGGAGACUCUCCUACCGAGGGCAAUGAUAGUCUGAUCAAAGGCAAACCAAUAAUCUGCCCCACGCUAUUCAUCUCAUUUGACGAUGACUUCAAGAAGGAAGAAUUAUUCUACGCGAUUGGAGUGAACCACGAGAGAAGACGCAUUACCAUGUGUUUCCGUGGAUCCGUCGUGUCGAACAUUGACUGGGCAACUGAUUUCGACUCUCAUAUGAGAGAAGUCAAAAACCCAAUGAAGAUGCACAGCUCACAGCAGCCAACCAUGAAGGUACAUAGCAAGCUCUAUGAUCUAUUGUAUGCCGAAUUCUCAAGGAAUCCACAAGGGGAAGGGGGCGGAGGAACCGGUAGCAGCAACAAUAGCACGAGCCAUGGCAGAGGGGGCGAGUUGUGGACUGUAUUUAUGGAGAUCCUGCAAAACAAGAUUAGACCAGUCACCAACAAUUUUCCCGGGUACAAGCUCUACAUUACUGGUCACAGUUUUGCAGGAGCCCUCGCUACACUUUUUGCUUUCUUAGCCGCUGCAGAGCCUGAUGCUAUCAUUCCCAAGCCUGUCACUUGCGUGUCAAUCGCCUCCCCUUACGUAGGGGACGAAUCGUUUCGACAGGCACAUCAAAUGCUCGAAGGAUUAGGAAAGCUUCGACAUUUGAGGGUGAGCAACCACAAAGAUGUUGUUACCGCAUCUCCCAAAGUUUCAUUCCGAUGGAGAUUCUACGAUAGUAGUGCUAACGAGGACGGAGGUGGGCAUGUGGGAUCCCUCUUCAAGCACGUGGGUAUGAACUUGAGGUUGUAUCAAUACGUGAAACCGACGCACAUGGAGGACGGGGCUAUCCCGUCUGUGCCGCCGCCUUCCUACGAAAUAUCCUACCCAAAGGUUCCCUUUGGAUUCUUCCUUAUGAAUUACUUUGAUGAAAUGGCACGAGGUUGGGACCAGAGUCCUUUCGCAAACCUCAGCUGUAACCCCGUGGAGUACUGGACAUGGCCUUGGCACAACAUUCGCGAGUACAACAAGCGUCUGGUCAAGAACAAGGAUUCCCUCCAAAAGAUCAGCCUCAACGAUCUGUACUCCAGAAAAGACAUUGUGGGGAAUCUUGGCUCUCAAUUCUGAGCUUGCUUGCUUGGCGUGAGUAAGAGGUCAGACUGAUAGCUAGCUAUUAGAGAUCGGAUACAAUAGUGUAUUUUUUUAAUGAGGACGAGCGGCAAAGUUGAGCGACGUUUCGAGCAUGGGUUGUCGCAAGCUUUUGUUUCCCAGAAGCACUAGAGUGAAGCCAUUAAGUCGGCAUCACGUGGCCUGCGAACAGAUCGAUGUAGUCUAUCUUAUGAGAAGACGUACUGCGUUACUAUCUUUCUCCGUUGUUUGAAUCGCCAGCGUCUUGAGCAAUUGUGCUCCAAUCGCAG